ACCGGCUCUUUCGAUAAGUAUCCAUACCGUGGGAUACAUCUUGACAAGUUUGUAGCAUUCAGUGCAUAACUUUGAAUAAAUGUGUUAUAGAAUUUAGUGUAUUUUAAAACAAAAUGAAGUGUGACAAGGAAUUGUUAACAUUUUUGUUAAUCUCACCUAUAGUUAUAAUAGUAGGAGGGAUUCGGCCUCAAGAUGAUUUUAAUGUAUCGAAACCUAUGUCAAGGUCAAAACGGAAUGGAGCAUCAGCAACAAAAAAAAAUACUACCAAUGAUAAGAAUAAUCCUUGCAUGUACGAAGAACUUGAAAAACCUGUUUUUGAAAUACCCGGCCGGAGAAUUAGCGAUGCGAAAUGCUAUGAAUAUCUUUGGGAAAUAGAAAAGAGGCGAUAUGACAACAAGCAUUUGCGCGAAUGUUCAUUAUACCAAUACGAACAUAGUCCAGUCAAGCCACAUUUUGCGAUAGGUGGUAGAAUAACGAAGCCAGGUGAAUUCCCCCACAUGGGUGCCGUGGGGUGGAGAUCAUCAACUGGUACAUGGAUAUUCAAAUGCGGCAGCUCCUUGAUAAGUUCUAAGUUUAUGCUCACAGCGGCACAUUGUUCUAAAAUAUCACCGAGAGAUACUUCCGUAGCAAGGCAAGUACCGGAAAUCGUGAGAUUGGGUGAUAAGAAUAUUAUUGAUAAGUUUUCUAAUGGAUUGAAUCCAGUUAAUGCGAUAAUUAAAAAAAUCAUAAAUCAUCCGCUGUAUAACCCACCGAAAAAAUAUAACGACAUCGCAAUUAUAGAAUUGCAAACAGAUGUGCGUUUUAGUAAAUACGUUCAGCCGGCGUGUCUAUGGCCAAGGUACGACACCAGUCCGCUGGGAACGAAGGCGACCUUGACUGGAUGGGGUGUCAUUGAAACAGCAAGACUUCUAACAUCUCCUGAACUGCAGGCUGCAGAAGUAGACAUAUUAAGUUCGGAGGUCUGUGACAGUUUAUUGAAGCCAUCUUGUACCCGACUUUGGUGCGGUAUGAAUGAAACUCAACUUUGCGCCGGAAAAUUAGCAGGUGGCGUUGAUGCUUGUCAGGGAGAUUCAGGAGGUCCGUUGCAAGUGAAAAUAGACUUGCCAUCGAACAGUGAAGGAGCCAUGCACUACGUUAUCGGUGUGACGUCAUUUGGUAUCGGCUGCGCGCGCGCAAAUAAGCCCGGCGUCUACACCAGAGUUAGUAGUUUUAUAGACUGGAUCGAAGACGUCGUGUGGCGAGGAAAGAACUAAUUCUGAUAUAAAAAUCUCUACUACUAACUAAAGGAAAUUGAUGUAUUUAUUUUGUAAAUAAAAUAAAAAUUUUCUUUGUUGCAAAUAGUUUAUUUUAAGUAACUAACCAAAUUCCAUAAUUAGCAUACAGUAAAAUCGUGUUCUAAUUAUCGUGUCCUUGUUAGUUUAAAAAAAAUUGUUACCAUGCUGUGGACGCAUAAGGAAAAUCAAAAAUACCACCGCAGCGUGACGUAAAAGCUGGUAUUUAUCAAUAAAAUAUACGCUAUAUUUUCCUCAAGCAUACGUUGUAAUUCCGCCUGUUGUAAAAUUGUGUUGUUUUGUUGUGUUAUUAAGAAAAUUCCAUGUAGCCAUAUUAUUUUAUGGACAAAAUUAUUCUUGUUCAUUUUUUUCCUUACAAUGUCACAAGUUCUUAUAAUUACAUACAAUGCGUAACUAAUAAAAAGUCUGAAAUUCUUUAAACACCUCAAAUAUAUAA